CUCUCGAGUCACUCCCCUCUCCGUCCACAGCACAUCCGUGAACAUUUGCCGCAUUCGGUCGCUCUGCCAUGCCUGCUGAACGCGUUCGUCAUGCGAAGCGCAACGCGGCCCAAGAUCCCCCGCUGACUUCCACUUUGUCAGUCGAUCCUUCCGCCGCCGCGACAAGCAUCGCGUUCGCCCCGAAUGUCACCCCCGGCACGUUCAACGAUCCCCCGAGCCCUACGGAGUCCAACGCGGAGUCGCUUCUCUUCCCUGCGAGCGAAGGCGGCACCGCAACACGCCGCGCCGCGCACGCGAAGAAGAAGCCCGAGAACCAUAUCCCGCGCCCUCCAAACGCCUUCAUCCUCUUCCGCUCCUCGUUCAUCAAGAACCAGCACGUCUCCUCCGAGGUUGAGACCAACCACAGCACGCUAUCCAAGAUCAUUGGUCUCACCUGGCAAAACCUACCUCAUGAGGAGCGUCAGAUCUGGCAUGCCAAGGCCAAGGUCGCGCUCGACGAGCACAAGCGCAAGUUCCCGCAGUAUGCCUUCCGCCCGCUGCACACGAAGGGGAAGACCCCGACGGAGAAGCGCAAGGUGAGGGAAGUCGAGCCGAAGGACCUAAAGCGCUGCGCGAAGAUAGCGCAGCUGCUUAUAGAGGGCAAGAAGGGCGCAGACCUCGACGCUGCCAUCCAGGAGUUCGACAAGAAUCACGUACCUGAGGUCGUCACUCGCUUCGAGGCUCCCAUUACUGCUCGUCAUUAUCGUCGCUCCUCGUCCGCCCCUGCGCCCGACACCGAGCACUCGCAUCCUCCCUCCGUCAAACAAGAGGAGGAAGCGUCUCCGCCCUCGACGCGCAAGGCCAAGGCUCGUUCUUCGAGUUCCCAGCCCGAGGCGUCGCGCUCGUCGCCGGCGUAUGAGUGUUCGACUCCCUCACCCCCCUCGGAGGCGGAUACGGAGAGCGAUUUCUAUAGCUCUCCUUCGUCGCCAUUUUCUCCCACCACAAUCUAUUCGCUCCCUCCCACCAAUCCUUCAUUUGAUUUCAGCACAUUCUCUUUCGACAGCGCCGACGCGACACCCGCGAUGUCUUUCCAAGCCUGCGAUCCGCUCGAUCAGCGGAAUACGUACGAGGUAUACACACAGGACUCACAAGAAUCUUACGUCUCUGCCACCGAGAUGUUUGAUCCCCGAUGCCUGACCGUCGACACGUCCUUCAUGGACACCGACAGCUGGACUACCUCGUCAUCCCCCCUGUCGAGCAUACCUGGGACGCCCCAGACCUACUCCAUGGUACACACCCCUUGCGAUCCCACGUCGGUCAUGGAAUCCUGCUUCAACCAAACACUGAGCGACGUAUUCGAUCCGUCCGCGGAAUUCUUACCUCAGCAGCAAGGGACACAACUCUAUCCCGCGGGCGUACCCACGUACUGUACGCCAGCCUCCAUUGACAUGGGGUACGGAACUCAGGACUUCGGAGGCGUCCCGCCGAAGGGAGAUUUCUUCUCCUACGGGCGGCAGGCGCUUGAAGCCUCCGUGGACGCCGCCUUUGCGCCGACCUACCUGACAUCCGUGUCCACGUUCGCGAUGUAGGGAACGCUUCCUUUCGCGCGCCGCACUUACCACUCGUUAUUCUGUUUAUUGCUAUCUCAUCCCGCUCGUGCUGUCUCGUCCAGUGGCCUCUCGCUCAGUCUCCGCCACCUUCAUCCCACCCCUUCGGCAUUCUGCAGGUGAGGUCGUCAUCUAAUCACUGCUUGCGCUUUGCUUGUCUUGGAUUAUCGUCUCCGCUCCGUCAAAUCUGUAUAACACUGUAUCAUCACCCCCGGCGACGCGCCGCUCUGUAUCAAUUAUGUGCGGUCGCCCUCUGGUGGCGACCGCCUGCUCUGGUGGAGGUGUAGUAGUCAACGUCGUAUACUCGGGACCAUUGGCCGUACAUCCACACUUACCUCGAUAGGUUAUUUUCGCGUCCCGGAUUUUUAUUCUGUAAAUACUUCUCCCUCUUCCCGCCUGCCUGGCAUCGGUUUCCCACACGGAGUCUACCUACCUACCAUUACUUACCAGCACGUCUCGCAUGCGCUUUGCACCGUUAUCUGCUCAGAAUAGAGUACGUUUGCCCGAUCUGUGAGACUGUCGUGCGAUCCCGCGAGUCCGGACGCUGUUUGCGCCCCAAUUUUGGCACGGUGCAUGCGGACAGGAAGCCUGCCGGACGUAACUCUGCCCGCCAAUUGGCGCCUGCGUUCCUGGUGCCAAAGCCCGCGGACCCAGAACGGGACGAAGGCGUGAUUGAAAGCCCGGACGGGCCUCCGCCGCGCUGCGCGAGCACGCGGCCAUCGUGCCCGGCCUUUCCCGCCCGCGUCUCCAAUGUCAAUGAUUCCCUAAAGGCUCGGUGUCGACGUUCCAUCAGGAGCCUCCCAUGAGCAUUCUCUGAAUCUCCGGAGGCGACUUCCACUCCGCCAGCACACGAGCAUCAAUCCGGCAAGAGCAACGCACGGGCGAUAAUCGACGCACGUAUGGAAUACAAGGCA